AUGUUGAGAACAAGCCAGCCAGAUUAUCAACUCAAACAAGAUGACAAGCUGUUCACCAAGCUUGUCUCCAAAGAAACCUCCAUUGCAAAUCCAUCUUUCAGAGGUGUCUCAGUGGCUGUUCCUUUCAACUGGGAAACUCAGCCCGGAACUCCCAAGCACAAACUCUUCCCUGACCACUCUUCUCUUCCCCCUACUCUCACUCCCCCUCCUUCUUACUACUUCCAAAACUCUACAAGUUCUUCGAAAAAGCACUCCAAGGCCAAACUACUCAACAUUCUGUUCCUCAGGAUGAUUCAUCUCAGGAAAGGUACUACUCAGAUCACAAUGUCACCUACUAGUCCAUCCCCGUCUUCUUCGUCGUUGUCAUCUUCAUCGAUAGAGUCCAAGGUUAACAGCAAACGAAAGCGGCUUUUAAGCAUGGGAUCAGUGUUGGAUGAUGAUUUUCAUGUCUCUGUUCCGCGAUCUGUGUCCAAGUCAUUGUUGUGUUUCAGAUCAUGA